GCUAUGAUUGGCUCGAACCGUCACUGUGCUAAUUUCCGCGAAAAUGUCCGAUCCUACUUUCUGUGGCAACCUCUAAUCAUAUGGGCAGAAUGUCUGCGGUUAAUAGUGUGCAGGUGAAUUACGGCAAUGAUUAUCGUGGCAACGGCGAAAGAAAUGGAAUUAUACAGGCUCUGCUUACGGACCUGUACCAGAUCACAAUGGCCUACGCGUACUGGAAGAGUGGAAAGAUGAAUGAUAAAUCUACGUUUGACCUGUACUUCAGGAAGAAUCCCUUCAAGGGAGAGUUCACAGUGUUUGCUGGAUUGGAAGAAUGUAUCAAGUUUAUUCAGAACUUCCAUUUCUCUGACAGUGACAUCUCCUACUUGAAGAGUGUGCUGUCCAAGGACAUCGAGCCUGACUUCUACACAUACCUCAAGAACCUGAACACAGACAAUGUAGUCAUGUAUGCUAUGGAUGAAGGGACUGUGGUGUUUCCCAAAGUCCCGCUUCUUGUUGUGCAAGGACCUCUGCCUGUAGUACAACUGAUGGAAACACCAUUGCUCAACCUUGUAAAUUAUGCCAGCUUGGUGGCUACCAAUGCCAUGAGGUUCAGACUGGCAGCAGGUAAGAAGACACAGUUACUGGAGUUUGGUCUGCGAAGAGCCCAGGGACCAGAUGGUGGCUUGUCUGCUUCACGGUAUUGUUAUCUGGGAGGGUUUGAUGGGACAAGUAAUGUGUUGGCUGGGAAGAUGUUUGGGAUCCCUGUGCGAGGCACUCAUGCUCACGCCUUCAUUACUUCAUUCCACUGCAUGGAGGAGCUGAAGAUCAGGACACUCUGCAAACCCAACUCUAAAGAAGAAGUGAACUUUGUUGAUAUAUGUUUGAAAUGGCAGCAAGAGCUCUCCAGAGUCUUAGGUUUCCUGUCUGACCAAGUUUGUGAUGGUGAACUGGCGGCUUUCAUUACCUAUGCAUUGGCAUUCCCUGACAAUCUGAUUGCCCUCAUUGAUACAUAUGACGUGAUCAGGUCUGGCCUGCCCAACUUCUGCACUGUAGCUAUGGCACUACAUGAGGUGGGCUACAAAGCCCGUGGGAUCCGACUUGACAGUGGGGAUUUGUCAUAUCUAUCUAGACAUGUGCGCCAGACCUUUAAGAAGAUUGCAGACAAGUACAAGCUGCCCUGGUUUGAGAGUCUAGCCAUAGUGGCCAGCAAUGACAUCAAUGAGGACACCAUACACUCCCUAAACCAACAGGGUCACGCCAUUGACAGUUUCGGAAUUGGAACCCACCUUGUGACCUGCCAGAAGCAGCCUGCACUAGGAUGUGUGUUCAAGCUAGUGGAGGUGAACAGCAAGGCACGUAUCAAGCUGAGUGAGGACAUGGAGAAAGUCACCAUCCCUGGCUGCAAGUUUGCAUUCCGCCUUUAUGGACAAGAUGGCAACGCGCUGGUUGAUCUGAUGAUGCAGACAGAUGAGGAAGAGCCUCAGGUCAACCAGAGGACGCUGUGUCGACAUCCAUUCCAGGAAUCUAAGCGAGCAUAUGUAAGCCCCGCCAAAGUGGAGAGACUCCACAAACUAUAUUGGGAUAAUGGGAAGGUGGCUCAACCAUUGCCCUCACUAAAAGAAAUCCGUGAUUCAGCAGAAUCAUCCCUAAAUUCCAUACGACAAGACCACAAGCGAGCCCUUAACCCUACUCCAUACAAGGUUUCUGUGUCGGCCAACCUGUACACGUUCAUCCAUGAUCUGUGGCUGGAGAGUGCUCCAAUAGGAGAACUGUCCUAGACAUCUCCCAACAAUGUCAGAUUGGAAGGCUUCUGAAGAGCCUAUUCUACUGUUGUCAGACACCCAUGUUUUUGUCACAUCUCUGAGCCCUCCUGAUGUACCUUUAUUUCCUCUUUCUUAGCCAUGUGAAUUUGUUGGUUGAUUCCACAGUUAUUGUUGAGCUUCCAGGUCAUAGGCUGCCAUCCAGUGGAAGGCUCUAGGAGUAAUUAAUAGUUGUCAUGGUGGCCAGCUUGUAGCUGUGGCCUAUUUGUGCCCACUAAUUCCUUACGUUUGUACUAAUGUGUUGGUUUGACAUGUGUAGAUGUUGCCAAGCACUAUACAUCAUGUAUCCAGGGACUUAUAUUGAUGCAUUCAGAGAGCUACACACAAUGUCUAGAGAUGUGAUAAGAAUAUGUUUGCAGAUUUUUUAAACAUACAAAUCUCAAUAACUUGGAAGCCUUACAGUUUUAAGAUGCAAUUCUUAGAACCGUCAGUGAUAUAUUGUUUUAUGAUAUACAAUUUUUAUGAUGUUAUGAUCUUAUUUGAUAAUAUAUAUUUUAUGGAUUUAUGGAUUGUAUAUUUACAUGGACUAGGUUAUAUUAGAUGUUGCUUGUCAGGGUUGGGUGGAAGUGUCCGAGGAACAUGGCAAUAAUUUCUACAUAUGUCUUUACUGGGAUAAUGCUAUCAUACAUGUACAGACUAUCAGUCAACUAUUAUUCCGUGAGAAUAAUGUUCCCUAAUCCUACUGGUCAGGACCAUGCUGUGUCAUUAAUGGUCACUCUACAAGGUUUUAUGUACAUUUAUGUACAGGUUUAAUGUAGUGAGCUAACCACCUCCUGUCAAUAGUACACAGUCUAUUUACAAAAGAUUAAAUUAGUAAAUAUAGCAGAUGAAGCGGUAUUCAACUAUAUCCAGUGUAGUAGAUUUCCUUUGGAAGAGAGAGAGUCUGAUUCUGUGUAAGCAGCUGGAGUCAGCUGUUGGAUGAUGGUGAUGGUGAUAUCUUGUAGGAAAAGAGGUUAUAUUAAAGGGGCACCAGUGUAGACGUCAUCUAAGCAGCCUGACACUACCACCUGGGUCUAAUUAGCUCACUAGGUGUGAGACAUGAGGCUGGGCUACUAUCUGUUAGGAUAGUGGACAUAAACUUUGAGACAAUAUUUAUAUGCAUAUACAUGCAUCAAAUGUCAUGUGAUAAUUAAUUUCUUCAACCUAAUCAAGCAGACAAAGGAAAGUAGGAUGCCAUUCUGAUGCCGUUAUUUGGAAAUAUCCCUGAUGGUUCUAGUCUGGUGUUAAUAAAGAAUCCCAGCAGUG